AAAAUCGAAUAAAACAAAAGUAUUGGUAAAGAUUUGUUUCUGGGGUCAAACAGUAUUGAAUUUCGAUCAAUCCCUGGUUUUGCCAGCAAAAGUCAAGAGUUGCACGAAACUCGAGCGAAAGACAUCUGUAGGUGUUGCGGUGUCCGAUUUCUGCUUGAUCCUAUCAAAGAUAUAUACUACUCUUUCGGUCAGAGAGGAAAUGGGUUCUAUGUUCAGUGGAAACCGAUUGAACAAGGAAGAGAUGGAGGUGGUGAUGAACAAGGUCAAAGAGAUCGUCUCCUCGUACCCUGUCGUUGUCUUCAGCAAGACCUACUGUGGCUAUUGCCAGAGGGUGAAGCAGUUGCUUACACAGCUAGGAGCAAGUUUCAAAGUAUUUGAGCUCGAUGAGAUGAGCGAUGGAGGUGAGAUCCAAUCAGCUUUGUCAGAGUGGACUGGGCAGAGCACUGUUCCAAACGUCUUCAUCAAAGAAAAACAUAUCGGUGGAUGCGAUAGUGUGAUGGAGAGUAACAAGCAAGGCAAGCUUGUGCCUCUCCUUAAUGAAGCUGGUGCUAUCGCCAAUAACUCUGCUCAGCUUUGAUGGAACUCUGAAACCGGUGUCUUAAAAGACAAAGGAAGUGUGAAGAAGAGUGUUAUGUUUAUAUUGUCAAGUAACCAAAUAAAGAAAGAUCCUUGUCGUUGUUAACUCUGUUUUACACAAAUAUUAAAGUGUGCUGUUCAUGCUGGGAUUUGGUUAAUGGGAAACCGAUUUGAGUAAAAACUGCUGGAGUUUAUUUCUGUUGAACCACUGGGCAUUGCUUUGUGUU